AUGUCUAAAGCAAAUAUGGACCAAAAACAACAGAAGCAUUUUGUUCUUGUUCAUGGUGCAUGCAUGGGUGCCUGGUGUUGGUACAAACUAAAACCACAAUUAGAAUCUAUCGGUCACAAAGUCACAGCACUUGAUCUUGCAGCUUGUGGCAUCAACACACAAAAAAUAGAAGAUGUUGAUACUUUUGCAGACUAUUCUAAGCCUUUGUUAGAGUUUUUAGCAUCACUUGAUCCAAAUGAAAAAGUGAUUCUUGUAGGACAUAGCUUUGGUGGAAUGAGUAUAGCUCUUGCAAUGGAAAAAUUCCCAGAAAAAAUAGCAGUUGGAAUCUUCAUAGCAGCUUUUAUUCCUGAUACAAUACAUCAACCAUCAUAUGUAUUUCAACAGUAUAUUGAGAGAUAUCCAAUUACAGGAUGGUUAGACUCUGAGCUUCCAUUUGAUGGAAACAAAACAUUGUUGCUUCUUGGAUCCAAAUUUUUGUCCACAAAUUUCUUUCAACUAUGUUCCAAAGAGGAUUUGGAAUUGGUCAAUAAUUUAAGAAGAACCGGAUCACUCUUUGUUGAGGAAUUCUCUGAGACAGAGAAUUUCUCAAAAAAAGGAUAUGGAUCUGUUCGUAGUGUUUAUGUUGUUGCAAAUGAGGACUUGGCGAUUCCGGUGGAGUUUCAACAAUGGAUGAUACAAAAUGCUGGAAUUGAUGUUGUGGAAGUGAUUAAUGGAUCUGAUCACAUGGCUAUGCUUUCCAAACCUCAAGAACUUUGUUUAUCACUUCUUGAUAUUGCUGAUAAAUAUGCUUAA